AUGACUGUUCAUGAUGUUGCCAUGAUCCCAUAUGGCCAUGCCAGCCCUCCACUAGACCUGCGCCAGGACCUAGCAGCAGCAGCCAUCACAUUCUUCGUGUUGUCGCAUCCUGCCUGUCACCCACCAGACCCGCACCAGGACCUAGCAGCAGCUUUUGCAUUCAUCAUGUGCCUUCUCGACCGUGCCAUCCAUAGUGCAGUGCUCUCUGUGACUGCCGCCAUAAGCCACUCCGUCAUAUCUUCCUUAAGCCACUCCGUCAUAUCUUCCACACUCCUUUACACAGCCCAACCAUUCCCCCUUCCCUCCGACCAACCAUUCCCUCCUUCCCCCUCCUCUUCCCCACUAGGCAGCCACCAAGCCACUCCUUCAUAUCUUCCACACUCCUUUGCACGGCCCAGCCGUUCUCCCUUCCCUCCUACCAGCCAUUCCUUACUUCCCCCUUCCAUCUCCCCCACCAGCUGGCCACCAUCAUCCAGUUCUUCAUCUCUCACACACCCCAUCAACACAGCAGCCAUUACUACUUUCCACUAUACCAGCCAUUCCCCCAUUCCCCCACUCCCCCCUCCCAGACACCUCCAUAAGGCAGCCACCAUCAGCCAGCAGCCGCUAUCAGCCAGUUUUUUACCUCUUAUAUACUCCAUCAACAGAGCAACCAUUUCUCCCUUCCCAUCUUCCCCACCCCUCCACUCACCUUCCCCUCUUCCCCACACCUCCACCCACCUUCCCCUCUUCCCCACACCUCCACUCACCUUCCCCUCUUCCCCACACCUCCACUCACCUUCCCCUCUUCCCCACACCUCCACUCACAUUCCCCUCUUCCACACACCUCCACUCACCUUCCCCUCUUCCCCACACCUCCACUCACCUUCCCCUCUUCCCCACACCUCCACUCACCUUCCCCUCUUCCCCACACCUCCACUCACCUUCCCGGGCCACACUACCAGGUGGCCACCAUCAGCUAGUUCUUCGUCUUCUACACACUCCAUCACCAUGCCAUUCCACACGCCCUUCCUCCCAUCUCCUGGCCCCUACGGCCCUCAUGUUCCCUGCCAAGACGAUAAGCUUUGUGCCGACUUCCUCUCCCUUGCACCAUGCCUCAAGUGCAUUGUAUUCCUUUCCCCUCCCCCAUUUUACCAUGUCUCUGGCCUGCCGCAUGACCUCAUGCAUCUGUCAUUCGCCUUUGGCUAG